AUGUGUCUUGUUCUGCGCUUUCUAUACGCAUUUAAAAUAUUCGUCUGCUGUCGGAGCAGCGCAGGCGGUGGCUGCAGCCUGGGGUCGCACCCUGACCCGUUGUGCGUCGCAAGUCAGGUUUGCUGCUGCUGCGGAAAUGGGGGAGUACGGAGUCGCACCAGGCCAGCGUGUGGCCAUCAUCUGGGACAGCUCCUCACCAGUUGAAGCCCUGAAGGAUUUGGUGGAUAAAAUUCAAGCACUGGUGGGAGCUGAUAGUCGUGUCUCUGUGGAGAAUGUUAACCAGCUGUUUCAGUCUGCUCACAGGGAGUCCAGUUUUGAUGUUGUUCUCUCUGGUGUGGUACCAGGCAGUACUGCACAGCACAGUGCAGAGGUACUGGCAGAAAUAGCUCGGAUACUUAAGCCAGGUGGCCGUGUUCUCCUGAAAGAACCAGUGGUUACAGAAUCAGGAAACAACAGCAGGAUCAAGACAGCAGCCAAACUCCCCACAGCUCUGACUCUCUCUGGGUUGGUGGAAGUGAAGGAGCUGCAAAAGGAAGCAUUGACCCCAGAGGAGGCCCAGUCGGUCCGAGAGCAUCUGGGUUACCAAGGCAAUGACCUUCUCAUUGUCCAGGUAGAAGGCAAGAAGCCAAAUUUCGAAGUGGGAUCCUCAAGUCAGCUCAAACUUUCCUUUGCCAAGCAGCCUGGUCCUUCAGGAAAGCCCUCUGUGGACCCAGCCACUGCCAAGCUGUGGACGCUCUCUGCCAAUGACAUGGACGAUGAAGAGAUGGAUCUUUUGGACUCCGAUGAGCUGUUGGAUUCAGAGGAUUUGAAAAAGCCAGAUCCAUCAUCCCUCAAAGCUCUGUCCUGCAAAGAAAUGGGCAAAAAGAAAGCCUGCAAGAAUUGCACGUGUGGCCUGGCUGAAGAGCUGGAACAGGAGAAGAAGAGCUCGCAGCCCAAAUCUGCCUGUGGAAAUUGCUAUCUGGGGGAUGCGUUCCGCUGUGCCAGCUGCCCUUACCUGGGGAUGCCAGCCUUCAAGCCUGGAGAGAAGAUUCUCCUGAAAGAGAACCAGCUGCAUGAUGCCUAAUGAAGAUGCCUCUGGAUGUCCUGUAAAGGACUCCUCUGCUUUUCCAUCAGUCUGAGGUUCUUCCUGAAGUCCUCCUCAUCCUCUCAAGCUCAUUCUCUCCAGCCAAUAGACCUUCUGGGAAGGGACACUGUGGGCACUGGCACUGCUGUGAGCUCAUCUCUUGUAAUCAACCUUGGGCUACUUGAUAAUCUUUGGUGACAAGUGGUCUCCUAUGUAUUAGACUUCAUGAUAUGCCUUGUUUUAGCUGGCUUGACUUGAUAUUGGAACGCUGGCCAUCACAGCAUGUCCCGCCAGCAGAGGGAAGUAGAAUCAAGUGUUAGGUUGACCUCAUGUGCUUGUGGCAGGACUGGUGCUUCCUCAUGCCCAUGUCCUACACCUCUAAUUUGCCCUGAUUUUCUCUGAUGAAUCAGCAGCUCUGGCUCUGCUUUCAAGGUGACACUGGGCUCCUUCUCUCUCUGAAACCUGAACCUGUAGUUCCUUACCACAUGAAGGUGGCUCAGUAGCUUCCGUUGCAAGUCAGGAGCAGUGAGUACACUCAGCAGUCUGUUUUCUUAGCAUCAGUGAAGUCUGGCAGGCGUGAUGAAUUUCCAAGUGUUUUGGGAGUCAGCCCAUGGUAUCCCCUGCCCCCACCUAUUUCCAUGAAAAUGACAAAGAUUCCAUCCUACUGAGAAAGUGAGAAAGCUCCUGCCCUUAAGGCAGGGAGCAAAUCAAACAAGGUCUGUCCUGUCCUCCCACACCUUUCUGUCCAACAGGAGCUGAUAGCACAAGGGCCAUCUGAGACUGUCGCCUCUUGGUGAUUACCAAGUGAGUUACCUGCAGUGUCCAAUAAGUAAAAACAUAGCAAUAACUUAAUUUCUAGAUAAUCUGUGGUCACCAUCUGUUCCCACUCCAUGAGAUACUUUAUUUAUUUGCGUAAUUAGUGCUAGUGAGGCAUCUGCGCAGAUGCAGGAUGAGGGAGCUGUUUGCCUUCUGUGCCAGACUUGCUUCUCACCCCAGGAGGGAGAGGAGGAAAGCCCAAAGCCAGUGUCUUCGGCAGGGAUUGCUCUGUUUGGAGCUCUUGCUCUAUGGGAUGUGACUGCUUCUUGUUGUGCUACCAGAGUUAGGCACUGAAUUUGCAUGGGGGAGCUGGGAUAAAAGGCUGUUCUGUUCUUGAAAUAAAAGUGACCAACAGCAAAGCA